AGGCUGAUCCCCUUUCAUGCUGUGGAUGUUGUAUGAGCUGCAGGCACGCCUCUCUCCCUGCCAGCCUUGCACUAGGAUGAUAAUCAGUCACUAUGAAAACUCAUUAGCCUCCACAGCAAUGAGUCCUCCUCUGCUCAAGCUUGGUGCUGUCCUCAGUACCAUGGCUAUGAUCUCAAACUGGAUGUCCCAAACGCUCCCAUCCCUGGUAGGACUCAAUACCACCAGGCUCUCUACUGCUAAUACUCUAACUCAGAUUAGUCCCAAAGAAGGUUGGCAGGUGUACAGUUCGGCCCAAGACCCAGAUGGGCGAUGCAUUUGCACAGUCGUGGCACCAGAACAAAACCUCUGCUCCAGAGACGCCAAAAGCAGACAACUUAGGCAACUACUAGAGAAGGUUCAGAAUAUGUCCCAGUCCAUUGAAGUUUUAAACCUACGGACUCAGAGAGAUUUCCAGUAUGUUUUAAGAAUGGAAACACAAAUGAAAGGGUUGAAAGCCAAGUUCCGGCAAAUUGAAGAUGACCGGAAAACUUUAAUGACAAAACAUUUUCAAGAAUUGAAAGAAAAGAUGGAUGAGCUCCUGCCACUGAUCCCAGUUUUGGAACAGUACAAAACAGAUGCCAAGUUAAUCACCCAGUUCAAAGAGGAAAUUAGAAAUCUGUCUUCAGUACUCACUGGGAUCCAAGAGGAAAUUGGCGCCUACGAUUAUGAGGAACUCCAUCAGCGUGUGCUCAGUUUGGAAACCAGGCUUCGGGAUUGCAUGAAAAAACUGACAUGUGGCAAAUUGAUGAAAAUCACUGGUCCCAUUACAGUCAAGACAUCUGGAACCCGGUUUGGCGCUUGGAUGACAGAUCCAUUAGCACUGGAGAAAAAUAACAGAGUCUGGUACAUGGACAGUUACACCAACAACAAAAUUGUCCGCGAGUACAAAUCAGUUGCAGACUUUGUCAGUGGUGCAGAGUCAAGGACAUACAAUCUCCCCUUCAAAUGGGCAGGAACCAACCAUGUGGUCUACAAUGGCUCUCUCUAUUUCAACAAAUACCAGAGCAACAUCAUCAUCAAGUACAGCUUUGAUACCGGACGGGUGCUUGCUCAACGCAGCCUGGAAUAUGCAGGCUUCCACAAUGUCUACCCAUACACCUGGGGUGGCUUCUCAGAUAUUGACCUGAUGGCAGACGAAAUUGGCUUGUGGGCCGUCUAUGCUACUAACCAGAAUGCAGGCAACAUUGUCAUCAGUCAGCUGAACCCGGAUACCUUAGAAGUGAUGAAAAGCUGGAAUACAGGAUAUCCAAAGAGAAGUGCUGGGGAAUCCUUCAUGAUUUGUGGCACCUUGUACGUCACCAAUUCUCACCUAACUGGUGCCAAGGUCUACUACUCCUAUUCCACAAAAACCUCCACCUAUGAAUACACAGACAUACCCUUUCAUAAUCAAUACUUCCAUAUAUCCAUGCUUGACUAUAAUGCCCGAGAUAGAGCUCUGUAUGCCUGGAAUAAUGGACACCAAGUCCUUUUCAACGUCACUCUUUUCCACAUAAUUAAGACAGAGGAUGACACAUAAAUCUCAAACUCGUGUUGAUUCUGGCCACCCAAAAGCAGUGUCAUUUGUGCUGAACUCAAAAGCAUCCUGCUGGAUUUCUUUUUUUUUUAAAGUUCCUUUUUUCAGUAAGAAUUAAGAAGGGGGUAAGCUUUUUCUACAGUAUCAUGUAUUCCAAACAUGGUGGAGCCUUUGUUUAAAAUGACCUGGUUGGCAUUACAGGUGUAUUUCUUAACUCUACACAAGGCCUGCUGUGACUUUGUCAUGGUAAGCACUAAAGUUGAUUUCAGUGGCUAAAGACAUUGUUUAAAAAAUUUAAAACAAGAUUAAUGAUCUGCCUUACAUUAGAGUCAGAGACUAAUGGUGGCUUAAUUGCAUGAAUGUCUUUUUCUACCAUACAUCAUUUUUCUAAAAAACAAAAAAACUGGGGGGAAAAAACCAGAAAUCUGACUGUUGGCUCAAUAUGAAAGUAUAUUUGGACAGUAAUCUGGAACAGGAUGAGCAUCAGUAUUCUUUUGUUUUUGUUUAUAAAAAACACUGUUCCAAAGUCAAAUCGUAAAGAGUUUGGUUUCCUAACAGAACAAGGGAAAUCCCAUUGGCUGUUACACCAUCCGAGAUGCAGUGCUGUACAGUCUGUUUUUAAACCUCUUGCAAGCAGUUUCUCAAUGAUAUGUAUUUAUACCAUUGUAUCCACCAUUGUGCAAUUGUAUCUCUUCACUUCUGUGAAAGUCAACUAUUUUUUAUAAAAUAUAAUUGAAGUUUCA